AUGCCAAACGGCGUUAAACGGCAUUAUGCCAUAUGGCAUUAUGCCAACGGGUACGCCCUUUCUCGGCAGAGACACAGCCUGAAGACUGCUGCAGCUGCCGAUAUUCGCCGAAGGAUCGUCGGAUCCACCGUGAUUCUGAGGAGUUUGACCGUGUUCUUGGUUGUGAUGGGUGCCCGUUCAGCUGAUCGGCGAGGGCAGAGGGAGGUGGAUGCGAUGGUUGAUUUGGCAGAUGUGGGAUCUCAGCACUUCGCAAAAUCUAGUUCGGCAGCAUGGAAAAGGUGGGUCAUGGCGUUGCAUCGUGGUAUGCGGAAGGCGGCUAUUUCCGACGGAAACGGAACUUUUUACGGAAAGCUUGAGAUACUCAAGGUACUCCAUCGAGGAUUGUUCCGGUUGAGGAAAAGAUCGAAAGCGGAGAUUUCUCAAGUCCUUUGCCAGCAUUUUUGGUUCCAGGAGGAUGACCUUCAGCGCGAAAUUAUUUGCAAAAUCUGCUGGGAGAAGGUGAGCGAAUUCCACCAGUUCUACACGGAAGUGGAGAAGCUGCACAAACGGCUAGAUCCGAUGCCCAUUUUUAUAAAAGAGGAAGAAUCUUCCCGGGACGCAGUUGUACAAGAAGAUAAGAAAUCUGCUAUAACUGAACAAGUAAAGGAAGAACCAUCAACAGAAAAGCUUGAAGAGAGUCUCGAUGGCUUCAUCGAUGAGGAGGAAUCCGAUAGAGACGACGAUAACAAUUCCGAGUUUGAUGUUGAAGAAGUUGCUCCCGAGCCUGAACCUCGUAAGAAAAGGAAGUACACCCGUCGAGCACCCGGUGAGACGGUGAAAAAAGAGAAAAAGACUCCAUAUCCGUAUACUCCUAAAACGCCGGAGGAACGGGAAGCGGAGGAUGCCUUUAUCAGACAACAUACGCCGUAUAUGUGUGAGGAUUGCAAUAUCGAUUUUGAACAAUUCCACUUAUUUCAACGGCACUGCCUUCAAACACAUAACAAAGAAGGAUUCAUCGUUUGCUGUGGCAUACGGCACCGCAAGCGUACAGUGCUUUAUCAACACGUGCAGCAUGUUAUGAAUCCGGAGGCAUUUAAGUGCGAGAUUUGCGGUAAGACCUACAAGAACCGUUUCGGCUACAAUCGCCACAAAAAAGAAAGCCACGCCACGGAGGAAGAGCGAACGUUCAAAUGUCAUCGGUGCCCAAAAAGCUUCAUAAAGGAAGGGCCGCUGAAGCGCCACCUGGCGGAUCACGAGACGCUGGACAAUGGAACGGCUAAGUGUGAAACCUGUGGUAAGUGUUUCAGCAACAUCGGAAUUCUGAAGAAUCACGUCAAGUACCGGCAUGUGAAGCAGAUGGAGUACAUAUGUGAUGUGUGUUCGAAGGGAUUCUACAUGCGGUCAACGUUUUUGACGCAUCGCAAGACUCAUGAGGUUCCCGCGGAGCAGCUUCGGAAGCAGUGCCCGCACUGCUUCAAGUGGUGCAAGAAUCACGACUAUUGGCGGGUACACGUGCGGAGACACAAAAACGAAGGCGAACUGAGCUGCGAUGUGUGUGGACACGUGUCGCCAAAUUUGAUGGCACUGAAGGGACACAAAGCGCGAAUGCACACCGGUCCGAAAGUGUUCCCGUGUACGUACUGCGGGAAGGAGUACGCUCGGGCGAUUACUCUGAAGGAACAUGUGGCGGCGGCCCACACAGGUGAUGUCCUGUACCAUUGCCCGCACUGCGAGAAAACGUUCAACUCCAGUGCCAAUAUGCACUCGCACCGGAAGAAGAUGCACCCGCAGGAGUGGCUGGAACAACGACUUGCCAAGUACGGUAAUCGGGGCCCUGCGGGCAGUGGAGUGCCGUCUAGUGCGGCAGGAAAUGUGAAUUUAAUUCCGGAAGGGCAUAGUAUUUUUGAAUAGGAAUUGAAUAGCAGCAUUACGCGAGGCAGCUCUCUGGUUUAAGUUUUUAAAUGAAAUCAAUAAAGUGCAUAUUUAUCUUUAGCGAA